AUGGAGAUCAGGAGGCGUGGCAGUCCAUCGUUUCUCACAUAUUGGAUAUUUUUAUUACAAAUGUUAGGAAGCGCGCGUCGCGGCGCCGAGGGUCACGGCCGCCUCAUGGACCCCCCGGCACGCAAUUCCAUGUGGAGGUUUGGCUUCCCCAACCCCGUCAACUACAACGACAACGAGCUAUUCUGCGGGGGGUAUGCCGUCCAGUGGGAGCAGAACCAGGGGCGGUGUGGAGUAUGCGGAGAUGCGGAACACCUCAACGAACCGCGGCCACACGAGGCAGGCGGUAUGUACGGCAAGGGCAUCAUCACCAGGCACUACAGCGUUGGACAGGAAAUAGAAAUAGAAGUAGAGUUGACGGCUAACCAUCUGGGUACGUUUGUUUUAAAACUGUGCCCGAACAACAACCCCAACCAAGAGGCCACUCAGGAGUGCUUUGACAGGUACCCACUCUUCAUAUCCGGCACACGAGAGGACAGGUUCCUCAUUCCCCUGGACACCGCGAAGAAGGACACCUUUAGGUACAGGGUGAGGUUACCGCCCUAUGUCACCUGCACGCAGUGUGUCCUGCAAUGGACCUAUUAUACCGGAAACAUGUGGGGCAUUUGCUCCAACGGCACCGAGGCGGUUGGAUGCGGGCGCUCCGAAACCUUCAGGAACUGCGCGGACGUGAGCAUUAUCACCAGCACCGGAGGCCUUCCGCCGGCCUUCGCUGGCGACCUGCGCCGCGACAACCCCUUCCUGUUAUACUACCGGGACUUCAGCAUGCCGCAGAGCGUCUUUCCACUCGUUGUCAGCAACGGUAUUGAUAUUGAGACCGAAGCGGGCGUAGGUCCACACAUCAUUAGGGAUCAAGUGUGCGUGCCGUCUGAGGGUUACCGUGUAAUCCCGGGCAUGUUGAACUGGUGCCAGACCAACUGUCUGCGGUAUCCCCCCAACUGUCCAGAGACGCUGUGCCACUGUCCCCAAGUGUGCGAGGCAGUCGGCGAGUUGGAAGGGCGGGAGGGUGCGGACGUAUACUGUUUGGACCAGUGCAUCGUGUACCCACCCCGCUGCCCCAGGAACAGGUGUCGCUGCUACUGA